GCUCCUUGCUCCUUGCUGCUGGCUCCCGUGUUGUCAGGUGGACGCCCGAAAUAAGUGGGGUGUAUGCAUUUACUAUUGCAGGAUUCUAAUCGACCUAAUAGUGACAGCAAGCAGCCAACAUGAGCAUGGUGGGGCGCAAGGUGGAGCUGGAGAGGAAGAAGGCACGCCUCUUGGCUCUCCGUGAGGAAAAGGAGAGGCGCAGGCAGGAGAGGGAGCAGGCGCUGGCCAGCAGGGUGCGCCUCACUGGACCGGCCAGCGACGCCGACCUGGCCUCCAUCGACAACGUGCUGAUCGCCGAGGGUGUCGAGCCCAUCUCAGGCAUCAGUGACAGUCCGGCGAGCUCCCUCCAAGCAUCCGAAGCCGGUUCAGUGCCCAGCUCCUGCCAGCCGCAGCCAGGCACCACCCCGGCCACCAUCAAGAAGAAGCCGCCCGACCUGUCUGUGGUGCAGGUGCACUCCACCAGCAUCCCGCCGCGCGAGAGCGUCACGUACGCCAAGCAGACGCAGACGGCAGCCAGCGGGCCGGAGCAGCACGCUCGCGGCAUUGACUACUAUGUGCUGACGUACGACGAGCCGCACGGUGAGGAGGAGGAAGCGAGCCUGACGGGCCUGGAGGGGCGCCGGCUGCCGCCAGGCAUCCUGCACCACGGCAUGCCGACUGUGACGGACGUGAAGCCGGCCAGCGUGCAGCCGGCGCCGGCCGACCGGACGCCGCCGCCGCCCGCCCGACCCGAACCACGUGAGCUGAGCGAGGAGCAGAAGCAGCUGAUGAUGAUGUCGACGGAGUUCGCCGAGUUCUUCAGCCGACAGUCGCGGGUGAUGGAGCGGGUGCUGCACGAAGAAGCCGACGUGUUCACCGACUACAGCCGGGACUUCGAUGACGACGGCCUCCUGGACGAGAAGUCUGGCCAGCGUCUGGCGGCGAGCCGGGUAUUCUCGGACGAGCGCUGGUCCCACAACCGGACCGUCACCUCACUCGACUGGUCUCCGCAGUUCCCCGAGCUGCUGGCCGCCAGCUACAACAAUAACGAGGCGGCGCCGCACGACCCGGACGGCGUGUGCCUGGUGUGGAACACCAAGUUCAAGAAGACGACGCCCGAGUACGUGUUCCACUGCCAGUCGGCGCUGACCAGCGUCACGUUCGCCCGAUUCCACCCGAACCUGCUGCUGGGCGGCACGUACUCGGGCCAGAUCGUGCUCUGGGACAACCGCGUGCAGCGACGCACGCCCGUGCAGCGCUCGCCGCUCUCCACGGCUGGGCACACGCACCCCGUCUACUGCAUGCGCGUGGUGGGCACGCAGAACGCGCACAACCUCAUCUCGAUCUCGACGGACGGCAAGCUGUGCAGCUGGAGCCUGGACAUGCUGUCGCAGCCGCAGGAGAAGCUGGAACUGCAGUUCAAACAGGGCCGGCCCGUGCCCGUCACCGGCCUCACCUUCCCGCAAGGCGAGGUCAACAACUUCGUCAUGGGCAGCGAGGACGGCAAUCUCUACACGGGGUGUCGUCACGGCAGCCGGGCCGGCGUGCAGGACGUGUACCAGGGCCACUUCGGCCCGGUGACGGGCGUCAGCGCGCACGCGGCGCCCGGCCCGCUCGACUUCGCCCAUCUCUUCGUCAGUUCUUCCAUCGACUGGUCCAUCAAGCUGUGGAGCGCCAAGGAGCCGCGACCACUAUACUCGUUCGAGGACAACAGCGACUACGUGUACGACGUGGCCUGGUCGCCGUUGCACCCGGCGCUGUUCGCCGCCGCCGACGGCGCCGGCCGGCUCGACAUCUGGCACCUGAACACGGACACCGAGGUGCCGGCCGCCAGUGCGCUGGUGGACGGCGGCGCGGCCGCACUCAACCGUGUCUCAUGGACGCCGUCGGGCCUGCAGCUGGUGGCCGGCGACGAGCGCGGCCGCGUCUGGCUGUACGACGUGGGCGAGCAGCUGGCGCAACCGCGCCCCGACGAUUGGAGUCGCCUGGCGCACACGCUGCACGAGAUGCGCUCUAACGCCGCCGACCUGGACGGCGACCUGGCGCGGCUGGGCACGCCCACUCACUAGCACGCCGCUCCGGUCAG